CAGCAGCCGCCGCCUCCCCCUCCAUGGCCGCCGCUCUCGCCGGCUGCAUUGUGGGAAGCUGACCUCACUCGCUGCUGCCGCCGCCCCGCCGGCUCCGGCACUCGCCGCCAUGGGGGCCGUGACCGACGAUGAAGUUAUCCGCAAGCGGCUGCUGAUCGAUGGCGAUGGAGCUGGUGACGACAGGCGGAUCAAUUUGUUGGUGAAGAGUUUCAUUAAGUGGUGUAAUUCCGGAUCUCAGGAGGAAGGAUACAGCCAGUACCAACGAAUGCUGAGUACUUUAUCACAGUGUGAAUUUUCAAUGGGAAAAACUCUUCUGGUGUAUGACAUGAACCUAAGAGAGAUGGAAAAUUAUGAAAAAAUCUAUAAGGAUAUAGAAAAUAGUAUAGCUGCAGCUCAUGAGAAGAUAUCUGAAUGCAAAAAACAAAUCCUUCAAGCAAAAAGGAUUCGAAAAAAUCGCCAGGAAUAUGAUGCAUUGGCCAAAGUCAUACAGCAUCACCCAGACAGACAUGAAACACUAAAGCAGCUAGAAGCUUUGGGAAAAGAACUGCAGAAUCUUUCUCACAUUAAAGAAAAUGUUGAAGAUAAGUUGGAGCUGAGAAGGAAGCAGUUCCAUGUUCUCCUGAGCACCAUCCAUGAACUUCAGCAAACCUUGGAGAAUGAUGAAAAACUUUCAGAAGCUGAGGAAUCCCAAGAAACUCAGAUGGAAGCAGAGGCCAAGCAGUAGGUGUCAUAUGAAGACUGAUAAUACAACAUAAGAAAGUCCAAGUAUCUUCACUUUUUGUUGAAAUCAACAGUAAGAGAUGGAGCUGGAAAUAGUUUCCUACUGCUCCUGUGAAUUUUUGUAUAAAAAUAUGUGUUUUGCAUAUGCUUCAGGGGAAAACAGUUGCAGAUGUUUGCAGACAGGCACUCAGUGUUAAUCCACAAACUUUGUAAUUUGUGAUAAAUAUACUUUGUUUCACAAAGGAUGAAGCUUUUACACCAUACUUGUGAAUUAAAGUGUUUGCAAAACUUUGCCAAUAAAAGGUGUUUUCACAGAUUUUCCUAUUUUUAGUCGGGAUUGAGCCUUAUAAUAAGGGCUUAUUUUCUUACAUGACAUCAGACUGAGGACAGUGCAUUUUUCAUGAGUCCCAGCUUCCAUGCCCUGUUCUAGAUGGGACCUAAAUCUGAACUAAGUAGGCUCUUAGUUUUUCAAAGUAGCUGCCAUUUUAGAACUUACUGUGACUAGAGUAGAAUUUCAUAGUUUCACAUAAAAUAAAUUACUUCUGUAGAAUUAAUACUUACUAAAGAUCAUAAAAAACCAAAAAUGAUACUGCACUUGGUUUAAUUUUUUCCUCAAAGUGAUGCAAAGAACUGCAGUGAUCCAAGCCUUGCUCUUCUAUGUUUGUUGUACCACAUCAGUAGUCACAUUUUGAAAUGGCAUGUUUAAAAUGUCAAUUUAAAAGCUUUGUUCUUGAAGAACCAGGAAUCUCAUCCUGAUACCGUUUAUAAUUUUCUUCUGGAUUUUAUCUGUCAAUUGACUAUUAUCAAAAUACAUCAUAAUUUCUGAAA